AUGCGCACUCACACUGGAGAGAAGCCUUUUGCCUGCACUGCAACCACCAGAGUGAGUUGGACACUGGAGAGUGCAGAAAUGGCUAAGUUUUUUACCAAAGACAAAGCCCUUCAAGCAAUUUUGGCAACCGACACCGAAGACGAUUGCGGUUCUGAGUCGUCGGGGGAGUAUUCGCCCGAUUGUCAACCUGAUGCUGAUGACAACAUCGAGGAGGACAACUCCGAUUGGGAAGAAGAGGAGGGAGCCCCGGAUGAUGCUGCGGAAGCGGUCGGGCAGGACCAGGAUCCAUCGGACAGUGGCGAUCAUACGGUAUGGAGCUCGAAAAAUAAAAAAGUGAUGUGGCAUCCAACCAACGAAGUGGCUAGACAAUAUGUCCCUGUACAAAUACCCACACCUGGCCCCACGUCGUAUGCAGUAGCCAGGAUCAGGAGCCCGGAGACAGCGUUUGCAUUGUUUGUGGAUAAGAAGAUCGUCGCGAAAAUAGUCAAAAUGACCAACCUCCAAGGGCUCAGAACGAUCAAGAACUGGUCUCCCCUCACGCCCCAAGAGCUGCGGGCGUAUAUCGGGCUCCUGAUCCUGGCUGGAAUUUACCGGUCCAGGCAUGAAGCGACGAGCAGCUUGUGGGGCGCCAAGACCGGGCGUCCGAUGUUCUCCGACGCAAUGGCUCAUCGGAGGUUUAUGGAGAUCAACCGAAUGCUACGUUUCGACGAUAAGCUGCUUAGACCACAGCGGCACCAUGCGAACAAACUGUCGCCGAUAUCAGAUUUGUGGAACAGCUGGAAUUUCCGGCUGCAGAAAAUGUUCAACGUGGGACGUGACGUGUGCGUGGACGAUCAGCUAAUUGCCUUUACAGGACGCUGCAGCUUCAAACAGUAUAUGCCGUCAAAGCCCGCAAAGUAUGGCAUAAAAAUUUGGGCACUCUGUGACGCUCGAACCUCCUACGCAUUGAAGCUAAAGGUCUACACCGGCAAGCCUCCACGGGACACGCGUGAACACAAUGUAGGAAUGCGUGUGGUGCUGGGACUCACUGACGCGCUGGAAGGGCACACAAUAACAGUGGGCAACUUUUUCACAUCAAUACACCUUGCAGCAGAACUAAAAAAAAAAAGAAACUCACUUGUGGGUACUAUAAAGAGGAACAAGCCGGAGCUCCCUGCACAAGUGACACAAACAACAGGAAGGCAGCCCCUCUCGAGCAUUUUCUGCUUCACCAAAGACAUGGCUUUGGUUUCAUACAUCCCCAAAAAAGGGAAAAAUGUGCUGGUGCUCAGCACAGUUCACAAGGAGCCUAAAGUGGAGGACGAGGGCAAAAGAAAACCCGAAAUGAUAUUGGAUUACAAUAAAUCUAAGGUAGCAGUGGACCACCUGGACCAGGCGUGUGGCACAUACUCAACUCGCCGGCGAGCACAACGGUGGCCAAUGCGCCUUUUCUACCACAUGCUGGACAUUUCGGCCUUCAAUGCCUUUUUGCUGUACACCUCUGUGAACCCGGGUUGGAACGCCAACAAACUUUACAGAAGAAGGCUGUUCCUCGAGGAGGUCGGCAAUGCGUUGAUCAUGCCAGAGGUUCAUCGGAGAAAGCCACAGACCGCUGCAGUGGAGCAAGAAGAGGCCACUCCUUCGCCUAGGCGAAAACAAUGUGGCCUCUGCACAAACAAACUCAUUGCAUCCAAUGCAUGUGAAAACUGUGGUACCCCCAUUUGCCGCAAACACAUGAGGAGCAUCUGCAAAAACUGCUGA